AUGCAGCCGAUACAAUCAAUUGAGCCCAUUGAACCGGAUCAUGCCAUGGAGCCGAUUGUUAUAAGCGAACAUGACUAUGCCAUGCAGCCGGUUGAAAUAAGCGAACAUGACUAUGUUAUGCAGCCGGCUGAGUUAGUUGAUACAGUCCAAUCUGUAGAAUCGAGUGAUGUCAUCCAGCCGAUUCAACCAGUUGAACCCGUUGAACAAAGUCAACCGAGUCAUCAAACCGUUGAACAAAACCAACUGAGUGAAUGCAAUGUCGAAAUGGGUCAGCAAGCCGUGCACAAACAGGCAACGUACCCAUCUAACAUCAUGAAGGCAAUAAGAAGCUCAGGAAAGCAAUGGGUGAAGGUGGAAGAAAUAUACGAUUUCUACUACAAGAUGAAUCCGGCAUGCAAGAACUUGGACAAAACAGCGUCCAAGAAAUGGAAAAGUAGCAUCCGUCACGCGCUGUCUUCAAGCGCAAAAUUCGUUCAACGUGAGGUUACAGCCGGCAGCGAUCGAGUCAAGCAGAAACGAUUUCAAUAUGCCAUCAAUCCGGACCUGGACAAAGGGAAGAAGGCGAAAAAGCAGAAGAAAGCGAUGCCGGCCACUGAAUUUGAGUUUUAA